GGUCGAUUCACAGAUGCAGCGCGCUACACACCCCAAAAACUCAUGCCAAAGUAACAACAUCAAUGAAUGCGAGCGCUUCGAAAUAGGAAUACUCCUGAUAUUAAUUCUGUUUUUCAUCCGGUUGGAUAUAGACGUUGUUCUCGUUUCUCCUAGUGAUACGGUUUCUAUUCUAUUAUUUGUGGUUUGCUGACAAGAUGAUUGAACCACAAGAAGGUCUGCUCUCACCACCGAGUUCACCUCCCCUAAAAAUCAUUUCUGACGAAGAUCAAAUACAGCAGUCAACUGUAAUACAACUUCGCAAUUUUCUGGGACAGAAAAGGGUGCACCCCCCACCUGGUCUCCUCACCCCCCAACCAUCCGAUUCUGAAAGCGAAGAGUUGGACAUUCCGCUGAAGAAAAGGCGUUGUCGAAACGACAGAGAGUUGGCCCGUCAUUUGGCAAUAAUUACUCCGCCUCCCGAGCCCAUAAAACAAAUCCCUUCAGAAGUACUCGCCCAAACUCCGCAAAACUUCACGAAUAGAAAUGCGGAGGUUGUUAGCGUCAAACCUCCGGGACCCGAUAUAACUCUUUCAGAACCUCUGAAUGAGGCAAGUAACCUCUCGCCUCCGCAAGAGAGACUAUUCUCAGUAAUCAUGAAAGCAAAUCAGGAUGGUACUUGUACGAAACUACCAAUCCCCGCGGUGCCCUCAAGAGAAACCAGCCCGAAAACUAAUACUUUCGAAAUCGGAAAUGCCAAAGAACAGAUCCGCAAUAGCGAAAAAGACGUUUCUAGAGAGGCAGCUCCAAAACCAUCGAAAAUCACUCUUCCAGCAUUAGCACCAAAGUUUGUUGCACCAAGUCAUCCACCGCAGACCAUCUACAUUUCCGCCGAUGGUAGAGUUUUACCAACACAGAUAGUUUUCAUCGCUACACCCCCCAACCCCGACCAGCCAGCGCGUAAAAGAGUCUACGAAUGUACGUACGAGGGUUGCGGAAAAAACUACUUCAAGUCGUCUCAUCUGAAAGCGCAUAACCGAACGCAUACCGGAGAGAAACCAUUCGUUUGUCAAUGGGAAGAUUGUGGAAGGUGCUUUUCCAGAUCAGAUGAACUGUCCAGACACAAAAGGACCCACACGGGAGAAAAAAGGUUCCAGUGCAGUUGCUGUCAAAGAAGGUUUAUGAGAUCUGACCAUUUAGCCAAGCACGUCAAGCGACACUCUAAAGACAAAAUCAACACGCCUGUUUUAAGGUCAAUUCAACCUGCAUUGACUGCAGUUUGUAUUUAAAGUACUUUAUUAUUGGUUGACUUACUGUGUUAUUAUUAUUUUACUGACGUUUCGUUUUCAUCUGUACAUAGAACAUUCCCUUCAUGUGAAAAUAGGAGGAAAUUUUGUAUAUUUUUAUCUGUGAUUAAAACUAUUUAUUUUAGAAUUAAAUGUCGCAUAUGAUUUUGCGUGGCAGAUAAGUAUGUGAUUUGAAUAUGUGAUUAUAUUUUUGUAACUAUGAA